UGUUAUAAUAUAAAUAUUGUUAAAACAUGGCUGUUUGUGUGACAUGUCUUUUCUUUUUUUUCUCGGAGGGGGUCUUGCCCAGGGAAUAAUUCAAUGUAGAACCGCCACUGCUCCUGAGCUCAUCUUAUCCACGCUCCGUCUCUGUGUCUCGUGCUGUGACCCACGCACGGCGGCUUCUCAUUGGCUGUCGGCGGACACCGGAGCAGGUCGCUCUCCUCGGUGCUGAAAUCGCUGCUCGUCGUGAUAAUGUAAACGGCGAUGAGGCCAAACGGAGCGUCAGCCAAUAGACACCAAAAUGGACGAUGAUCUGUUCCAACUGAGACAGCUGCCUGUUGUCCGCUUCCGUCGCACAGGUGAGAGCACACGCUCUGAGGAUGAUGGAGAGAGUAGAGAACAAGUUGUCAGGAUUGCAGAGCAGACUGAUCUGGAGUCUGUAGCACUUGCAGAUGGAGCUCCAGUACCUCGGGAGUUUGCCAACCCGACUGAUGACACUUUCAUGGUAGAAGAUGCUGUAGAGGCCAUAGGCUUUGGGACGUUUCAGUGGAAACUCUCCAUCCUCACUGGUCUGUCCUGGAUGGCUGAUGCCAUGGAGAUGAUGAUCCUUAGCAUCUUAGCCCCACAGCUCCACUGUGAAUGGAGGCUACCCAGCCUUGAGGUGGCACUGCUAACAUCGGCCGUGUUCAUUGGGAUGAUGAUCAGCUCCUCUCUUUGGGGAAACAUAUCCGACAAAUACGGCAGAAAGACAGGUCUGAAGAUGAGUGUGUUGUGGACUAUGUUCUAUGGCCUGCUGAGUGCAUUUGCACCUAUUUAUGGGUGGAUCCUCGUCCUCCGUGCACUGGUGGGCUUUGGCAUUGGAGGAGCCCCACAGUCGGUGACACUGUAUGCUGAAUUUCUCCCUAUGAGGUCUAGAGCCACAUGCAUCUUACUGAUUGAGAUAUUUUGGGCACUGGGCACUGUGUUUGAGGUUCUCUUAGCGAUCUUGGUGAUGCCCACUCUGGGCUGGCGCUGGCUGCUUGGCCUUUCUACCAUUCCUCUCGUCAUCUUUGCUAUCCUAUGUUUUUGGCUCCCAGAGAGUGCUCGAUAUGACGUGCUGACAGGGAACCAGGAAAAAGCUCUGGCCACACUGAAGCGCAUUGCCACAGAGAACGGAGCGCCCAUGCCACUGGGAAAACUAAUUGCUGCCAGACAGGAGGAUCGUGGAAAGAUUCGAGACUUAUUUUCAUCACACUUUCGCUGGACCACAGUUCUGCUGUGGUUUAUUUGGUUUGCAAAUGCCUUCUCCUACUAUGGACUUGUGCUUCUGACCACAGAGCUGUUUCAGGAGGGAGGUGCAUGUGGAAUGUCCAAAGGUAAUAAGAUGGAGCUCCGAUGCAAUUUGGAGUGUAAAUAUCUGAACUCGGAUGACUACAAAGACCUGUUGUGGACGACGUUGUCUGAAUUCCCAGGAUUACUGGUGACACUGUGGGCUAUUGAUCGACUGGGAAGGAGGAAGACCAUGGCGCUGUGUUUCUUCGUCUUCUCUAUGUGCAUUAUUCCACUCUAUGGUUGUGUUGGGAGAGUAUCCAUGACAGUGUUAAUAUUCAUCGCCAGAGCCUUUAUUGCAGGAGGGUUCCAGGCUGCCUAUGUGUACACUCCGGAGGUGUAUCCGACUGCGACCAGGGCUUUAGGUCUGGGAACAAGCAGUGGAAUGGCCAGAGUCGGUGCCCUCAUUACACCUUUUGUUGCACAGGUGAUGUUGGAGUCCUCUGUCUACCUGGCUCUCUCAGUGUACUGCUGCUGCUGCCUCCUAGCUGCCAUCGCCUCCUGUGCACUGCCAAUUGAGACGACAGGCCGGGGCCUGCAGGAAUCCAGCCACCGUGAGUGGGGUCAGGAGAUGAUGGGUCGGGCCUCAGGGGAAAUCCCUCACUCCAGCUCCGGCUCCCAGGGCUGAGGAAGCGCCGGCUGGAGUGCAGCCGAGAGGUGACCGCAGUGGAGAAAAGAGGCAAGGAGACGCGAGAAAGCUAAACCAGCUUUCAGUGUCCAUCUCCAGUCCCACCCUAUGACUCUUCAGUUUAGACACCUCAGUGGCUUCAGAAAGCCAGGCAGCACAAUAUUUUUACAUGCCACUGUACUUAUAGUCUUCAACCACCAUUGCUGUCACAAUUCUGCCACUGUAUAACUGCACAUGGGGUGACUGGAAAGACCAAAUGACCCACACGAGUGCAAGAACAUAUGGUGGACACAAUGGGAAAUCUUCCUGAACAAGUGAGAAUUCAAAUAUUUAAACCAAAGUAUUUGAAUCCUGCUUUUCUAAUGCAAGAGAAGCAGAAGGGAAUAGAGAGGGUGAAAGUGUUAGGAGUUAGCUUCAAACAACUGUCUUCUUUUCAAAGAGCCUUAAAACUACCUAUUCAGUUUGUGGUUGAGAGACCUGCUCUUAACCCUAUGAAAAAGCUGCUGUCAUUAGCAUACUGGAUAUAGAUGCGUAGAUGAGAAAGAGCUUUCUCUUGUGCACACAAAUUGCUUCCUAUUAAAAUACACUAAUAACAAACUCAGCUUUAUAAAAAAGUGCACAGUGGUUCACAUCAUCAAACCAACAGACCAUUCGAUUAAAUAAAGUCUGGAGUUGUUUCAUUUAAGAUUCACUUCUGUCAAGGCAGUGACAGGACAUACUGUACAGUAAGUCACUGACUUUCUUUUACAGUGAGCAUCCUCUAUGAAUCCUCAGAUAAAUAUCUUUUUUUUUUCUUGCAUCAAUAUUAUUUCGCAUUUUAACAUGGAUGAUAUUUGUUCUCUGCUAAAGUAAUGAGUAAAAGGAAGUGAUUACUCUACUAAUAACAAAAAUACCACGUCAUAUCUUCAUCAUUAUCCAGCCAUUUAUUUACAGCAAGUUGACAAAUCUGCCAAAGUCUUCAUC